AUGAAUAAUACUGAAUGUACAAAUAUACUUCGUCCAAAAUAUCCAACUCAUGUUGUAAUAAAGGAUAAUGCACAAUUUAGAAGCUCAAGUUUAGGAGUUGAAAAUCGUGUUGGAAUUAUUGGGGAAUUAGUUUCUAUUACUCAGAUAACAGAUGUUGUAUUUAUGACAUUUGACUCUGAAGGUAGAUUAUAUUGUAUUGAAAAGGGGAAUGCAAGAGAAUGCCUUGGUGAAUUACAAGAUGAGUAUAUGAAUUGGGAAUAA